UAUAUAUAUAUAUUAAGAUAAAAAGGUCAUCAAGUGAAACAGGUUGCGCCUGACGUGGUUCCGGAGAGUAAGCGCUGGAAGAGGUUGUCAAAGGAAAGGAAAAGCAAAACAGCACAAUUUUCACUCUUAUCCUACCAAAAUGUUCAAGAAAUUGCGAGAGAAGAUCACUGAGGAGGUACAACAGACUUCAUUAAGGCUACCUGUGUCUGUACAGCAGUCGGUUCAACAAUUAACACAGAAUUCAGCAACGGAGCAAUGGCUCGAGACUGUAAAAGAUGGGAGCCAGUUGAGUCUUUCGCCAUUCAGUGGAACAGCAACCUCUCCGGGGGAGCAGAAGAGAGACCUUGACACGGGGUCCUUACAAGAUGAGGUGCUUGUGGAUAUCUCUGACAUUAGACCUGCUGGCCAUAACAAAGAUCUUUUCAGCAUUGAUGAAGAUAGUCAAGAAGGGUCACCAAGCAAAUCAGGGUUCCAGCUAGUUGACCUAAGUGAUACAGACACUAUAACCCCAGCUGAUCCUGGAGGGGGUGCUGGGGUCAGAGGCCAAGGGGUAGCUGGAGUGACCUUUGACCCCUCCAUAUCCGUUUCCAAUAGCCCAGCUCACAGAACAAGAAGAGACUCGGUGGGAUCAUGUGUCAGUGAUGCUAGUAGCCUUUUCCCAAUUUAUGAAGUCCCAGGGGUUUCAUUCACCAUGCCACAGAGUGACUUAGAAUCCUCCAGUGAGUGGGAGGAUGGAGGGAGUGCAGCAGUAGACCGGCUCAGUAAAGACACUGUGUACCAGGCUUAUCUGAAGAUGAGACAGCGCUACCACAAGUACAAGGGCCGGUACUCUGAUUUGGCCCGAGCCUACAAAGAGAAGGAGAAAGAAUCAGACAAGCUAAGAGAUAUAUUAACUAAAACUCAGGAUAAAGCUCUGCGAAAAGUGAGUGAACUAAAAGAACAGUGUACACUAGAACAGCAAGCUAAGGCUCACCUUGAGCAAGAGCUAAGGAGUGACCUAGAGGAGAAAGACCAUAAAAUCAUGGCUCUGCAGACCAAGGUGAGUGGACUACGGGAACAGUGCAUCCUUCAGCAACAGGCCAAAGCCCACCUAGAAGAAGAGCUAAACACGGACCUUGAGGAACGAGAACUCAAGAUAGCCGCACUCCUGACCAAGGUAAAGAUCCUCCAGGAGGGUGUUGUAGCAGGGGAUAUUGGCAGUACAGAUGCACACAGCCAAACCUCAAAUGACAAUCACUCGUGUGGCAGCCAGCGGGAUGAGCGGCUAGUCAAGAGCCAAGACGAUACUGAUAAUGUUUCAGCUGGUGACAACUCUUCUGGAGUGGAGAGUGUGUCAACAGCUGAGAGUGCUUCCAUGACAGAUAACAAUUCCAUGGCAGAUAAUGUAUCUGUGGCAUCUCAUGGUUCAGCCUCCACAGCAGUUACUGCAAAUGCUGAAGCUGAUGAACUGAUAGAAAAACUAAAAGCCACAGUGGAAGAGGGAGAGAGAGAAGAAACAAGUGAUGUCGCCAAACACAAAUCCUUGCUGGCUAGGUGCAUGGACAACAUCCGUGGAAAUAAGGAACGAAUUGUUGUCUUGACCCAAGAGAGAGAUAUUGCCACGAGCCAACUCCAGGACAAGAUUAAGCAACUGGACAUCAUGAAGGAAGAGCAUCAGAAGGAAUUGGAUUCCUUACGUUCAAGUAUGGAAUCCUCUGCCUUAAGUAUGGCAGAGACCAAGAAACAGUUGUUUGAGGAGUUACAGGCCAAAGAAGCAGAGACAGAAAGGAGUAAACAAGCUAUGGCUACCUUGGAAAAGCAGAUUGAAGAAAGGGAGUCUAGAUGGCAGGAAGAACUUCACAACAAACAGCAGGAGAUACAGGAAAAGGAGUUGACACUUCAGGAGCUUCAGAACAGUGAAAGAGCUGAUGAAGGUAAAGAGCAGGACAGUGAUGCUGUUGUAGCAUCCAUUAAACAAGAGGUAGAAACAAAGAUCAAGGAAUUAGAAUCAAGAACUUCAGAACUAAAGGAAUCAAGAACUGCCUUAGAAACUCAGUUAAAUGAAAUUGGCCAAGUUAAACUGCAGUUAGAGGAAAAAGUACAACAGUUAAUGAAAGAGAAAGGAGAGCUUGAAAAUAGUGUCUCUUGCUUAAACAGUGAUAAAGCAGAGGCAGAACAAAUGCUGACUACUCUAAAGAGCCAGAAAAAGGAGCUGGAGGAAAAUGUGUCUGUGUUGGAAAGUUCUAAACUUGAAAUGGAGAGUAAGGUUACUGAUUUAGAAAAGUGUAAAAUUGAUAUGGAAGAAAGAAUUAACUCUCUUGAGAAUUGUAAAACAGACCUUGAAUCCAAACUUUCUUUGUCUGAAAACUCAAGGGAAGAACAAGAAGGCAAAGUAUUUACCAUUCAGAAUAAUAAUACAGAACUAGAAGGUAGAAUAUCCAAUUUAGAAAGCUUGAAAUUGGAAUUAGAGGGGAAGAUUUGUGGCUUACAAAGUUCUAAUGAUGAAUUAGGAGAACAAAUACGAGAACUAACUCAUAGUAAAAAGGUUCUGGAAGCCCAGUUAAAGGAGGUGAACAUAAAAGAACAGGACCUCCAAAGGCAGGUUGAAAACUUGCAGAAAGUACAGUCAGAUUGUACAGAUAGUGCUUCAGCUGCCUCUCAGGAAGUAAUAAGGUUAAAAGAAACCAAUGAGAAGCUGGAGGCUAUGCUUUGUGACAUUCAGAAAGAAAACAAUGACCUCAAAGUUGUUUCAGAAGCAUUAAGAGUGGAGAAGGCAGUCUUAACUGAAAGGGUAAGUGAGCAACAGAAAACCAUUGAGGAGACCUUACUAAAACUUGAUGAUCUGCAAGCAAGAUUAAAUAUAAGUGAAGAGAAAAAUAACAAGCUUGUUGAGGAAAUUAAGAGUGCAUGCAAUGAAAAGAUGUCUGUUCAAAACCAGCUUGAGGAACUAGGGAAAGAAAGUGAACUGCAGAAGCAGGUUCAUAAUAAAGAAAUUGAGGAUUUGAAGGAAGAGAAGGAAAAUAUCAUGAGUGAUUUACAGCAGACCAAAUUGGAAAAAGAGGAAACUAACCAGAAACUCUUAGUUCUUGAGAGUGAAAAUGAAAUUUUGAAAAAAGAGAAGGAUCAACUAAAUAAUGAAGUAAAGGAAUCCAAGGAAAGCAUGGACAACAUCAGCAAACAAGCUUUUGGUGAGCUUAGUACUUUAACAGAAAAGAUGGACAAGCUCAACAAAGACUGGUCCAUUCAGAUGGAGGAAAAGAACAAAAUAAAUGAAGACCUUAGUAAGAAGGUUUCUGAACUGGAAGAAAACUUGAAAGUGAAAUCAGAUGAAUACAAGGAAAGAGUGGAAAAGCUGAAUGAGGAACUGAAGACAUAUGGUAACUUAAACCAGAUGAAUGAAGAUAUGAAAAAUGAACUUCAGGUGAAAGAAGACAAAAAUGAAGAGCUUGCGUAUAGAAUAAAGGAUUUAGAAAAGAACUUGCAAGGUAAGGAAAUAGAAUGCCAGACCUUACGGGCUAAUGUCCAGAAAGGAAAUGAAGAACUUAGUAGCCGUGUAGCAGAACUGGAAUCUGACAUUAAUAGCCGGGAGGUAGAGCUCACGGCUGCAGCUGAGGAGAAGAGCAAAUUGAAUGCAUUGCUAGAGAAAGCUAAAGUUGCAAUGGGGAAGAUGCGCACGGAGCUGACAGCCUUACGUGAAGAAGAAGUGAAGGUGAAAGAAGCAGCAGCUGCUGCAAAGAAAAAUGCAGAGACACUUGAGGAAGAAGUGAAAAAGUUGAUAGAAGAAAAUAUAAAUAAAGCAGAAGAAUACAAUAGAGCUAAAGAAGAUGUUCAGAAGGCCUCUGUUACAGCUGAGGGGGAAGUUUCUAAAUUACGGGAAAGUCUUGGAAAACUGAAAGAAAGUUAUCAGAAACAUAGUAAAGAGCAGAAUGAUAAAAUGAGUGAAAUGAAAAAAAUCAACCAGAGUCUAGAAACUAAGAAUAGUGAUCUAUUAAAAACUACAAGAAAUUUACAGGCUUCUAUAAAACUUAAGGAUGAAAAAAUUGAGAAAUUGUUGAAUGAAAAGAAGACACUGCUUAGUGAGCUUGAGAAAAGGGUUGAAGAUUUGCAGAAUGAAUUGAAGUCUAAAGAGGAGUCAUUGAAGAAAGUUGUAACUGAGUUUGAGGCUAAGACAGAACAGCUGGAGGAACAGAUGCACAAAAAUGAAGAGUCUCUGAAGGUGAAGAUAGAGAGCAGUUUACAGGAGAAACAUGAUUUGGAGACAAAACUAUCAGAACAAGUUCAUGCCACAAUGUCAGCAGAGGAACGACUUGUCAGGCAGAUGGAGGAAUCUGAAAGAAAAAUGGCUGAAUUACAAGAGACUUUCUCCAAAAAGAGCAAAGAUAUGGAGUAUUCUUGGGAGCAAAGGCUAAGGUGGCACGAUAUUGCUGAUUCUCUUAGUGCCAACACACGUUAUAUUGCUUUAUACAACAUGAUGAAAAUCUCAUGUGAACUUGAGACCCUCCAAAAACAGCAUGAAGAAAAUUUGGCUAGUGCUGCCAUGGAGCUGAACGACUCCCACCAGUCUCAGUUGGAGGUGGCCAGCAGCAGCUACCAGCGUGCCAUCACCAACAGGGAUGCCACCAUUGCUGCUUUGAAGGACGAGGCUGACCAACUGAAACUAGAGCAUCAGGAGUCACUGGAAGCUUGGCAGAAAAAGUGUGAGGAUUUACAAAGUCAGCUGGCUGACAGUGAGCUCCAGUUCAAGUGUCAGGUGCUGGACCUGUGCCAGGGUAAGAGUGGCCAGGCACCGGCACACCUAGUGCCAGCAGUCGAGGGGAGGACUCCUGUAGAGUGGGUGGGUACAUCUAUCACAAGCUGGUGCUCUUCAGGAGAAGAUUCUGUUGGCACUGAAGCGGUGCUGCUGCAGCAGGUGAAGGCAGGGAAGGUGGAGCCCCAUCCAUCACCAAUGGGGGACUCCAAGAAACAGAUAGUACUGGAAUUUCAGCAGCUGCAGGAACAUCUCCAAUCACUAACUGCUGAUAGAGAUCACUUAAAGAUGGAAUUUGAGAGGCUUGCAAACAGCAGCCAUCGCCUUCUACAGCAGAUAAAAGAGGACAGUUCACAUGCAAGUGAGAGAAAACUCCACAAUUUUGAGGCAGAGAAGCGUAGGCUGGAGGAAAGAUUGGAAGCGUUGGAACAUGAUAUCAAGGAGAAAGACAGGAAGAUUGCACUUUUAGAUGCAAAGGCUGGUGAUUAUUUAAAGCAAGUUAACCAACCUAGUAAUAGCCAGUUUGAGGAUCAAAAGUCAAGUGAUAAUAUUGUUUGUAGUGAUGUUACUAGUGCAGUUAGUGUUGGGGAAGUGAAAGAGGUUGGGUAUAGUGCUGGAGUUGGAGGCAAAGAGAAAAUAAAGUGCAGUGAUGAUAAUCUCAGGGAACUGAUUGAUGUGGCUAGUAUGGAGGAAGUCAAAAGGGACAUUGAAGUUGAUAUCAAAUCAAAUAAAGUCUCACCUGGGGAGGAACUUUCCUGUGAGAAAGUAACAGAUGAUACAAAGGUGUCAGAGAAGCAAGGUGAACAAAGUAAAGAUAUUGGUAGUCGAACCGGUAAUGGUGAGAUGAGUAAUGAUGAAGAAAGUGAUGAGGAAAAUCUUGAAAAGAAUGAAAUGAUUAGAGCUUUGGUGGAUGAGGCAAUGAAAGAACUGAAGGAGGAGGAUAUGAAAGCCAGUUUAGCAAAGAAUGAGAAUGGAAGUGCUAUUGAUGGGUCCAAAGAGGAUGUAGAAGAGAAGAAAUCAUGUGAUGGAAAUGGUGAGCAGGAGCUUGUACCAGAUUUGAAGAUACAGGUAAUUGUAAAGGAAAGAAAUUCAUCAUUUCAAGAAGGCCCCAUUAGUGGAUUGGGAAAGUAUGUAGGUCAUGAAGGGAAGAUAUUAGGAGACACCAUGCAACCAGCAUUCACAGAGUGUGAGCAAGAAUUAAAGGAAACUACCAAUGAACUUCAUGGUGUUAUGUCUUCACUUCCUAGGGAUACUACUGAAGAGAGACCUGAUGACAGUAUUUCUAGUAAACAGACAAAUGGUAAUGGAUCACCUGUCCGCGAUCAAAUAUCUUCUUUGUCAGUGCUUGUUUCUGAACUGCGGCGUGUGAAGGAUGACAUGGGGAAGUGCAUGUCUGUCAAAGAACAGUCUUUCAUUGAAUUGGAAGAUCAACUUCAAGCUGCUAAUAAAGAAGUAAAUAAUCUAAAGGCAUCCAUGUCAUUACUAUCUAAAGAUCUUGAGGAAAAGAAUCAGAGUUAUCAGUAUUUAGAACAAGAAAAUAAGAAAAAGAAAAUGGAUAUAGAACUAAAGAUGAGCGAGAUUCAGGAGGUCACAAAUAAGUGCUCUAUGUUGACUGAAGAAAAAGCAGAUAUUUUACGCAAAAUGGAAGUACUGGAAAUAAUGAUGACAGAGUACCGCACUGAGAUUGAAAUGUUAAUUGCUGAGAAAGCAAAGAUGGAAGAGAAGACAAAAGAGUUAAUAUCUGCAAAAGUAGCAACAUCUACAGCAGAAGCAGAGAUAGAUUCAAGAACUAGCUUAGAAGAAAAAGAAAAAGAGGUAGAAGAAUUAACUGGAAAGAUUCAAGAUAUGGAAAAGCAAAUGAAAGAACUGAAUGACAAAUUAAAAGUCACAAAUAAACAUCUUAAAGUGAUGGCAAGAGAACGUGAACACAAACAGAAAGAGUGUGAAGCCUUGAGACGCAAAGUUGAAACAGUUGAACUCAAAAUGUGUGAACUUCAAGGAACAUUCGACAUGCUUGUGAAAGCUGUCAUGGUAGAAAGAGAUGAUCUGAUCAGGGACUUAGAAGAAAAGACAGGAGAAAUUGACGAACUUCACAAGACUCUUGGUCAGCUUAAAGAAACUCAUGAACAGGAACUGGACAAGGUGAUGAUAGAAAAAAAGUCAAUUGAUGAAGAGCUCCGUAAAUUUAAAUCAGGGGAUCUAAGGCCUGAUGGAGCAAAGUUUGUAGAUAAGGAGGAGUUGAAUGCUGUUAUCCGUGAAAAAGAAAAACUUGAAAUUGAAGUUCGGCAUAGAACAAAGCAAAUACAGUCACUUGAGUCAAAAGUGAAAACAAUACAAAUAGAAAUGGAUGACUUUGUUGGAUCCUUGAAGGAAGAAAUGGCUCGCCUGAAAGAGGAGAGUGCAAAGUCAAAAGAAGAAAAGAAAAACCUAGAAGAUAUAUUUGCUUCGCUGCAAUCUGAACACAAAAUCUUACAAGAAAAAAAUAAAGAGACACAAAAAAUACUCACUCAACUUGAGGCUGCCAACAGAGAAAAGGCAGAGAACUUUGAAGCACAAAAACAACAGCUCCAUGAUUUACAGCAACAACUUGAGGAUCUGAACACAAAAAAUUUCAAUUUAAACACAGAUAUGUACAAUAAGGAAAAGGAAUUCAGGGAUGAAUUAACAGCCCGUGAAAGGACCAUACAGGAAUUAAACUUGACUCUUACUAACAAUCAGAAGCAGUCCAUGGAAAAUUAUGUUGCACUGCAAGAAGAGAUGAGUACUUUGGAAACUAGGCUGAAGACAUCUCUGGAAGAAAGUAAUAGGCAAGCAAAGGAUCUUGAGGAAAAGCUAAAAGUUUCUCAAGAGGAAAAGAAAAUGGAGGUUUUGGAACUCCAGGCAAAGCUGAGAAAUCUAAUGGAUGAAAUAAGAGAAGCAAAAUCUGAUUCUCUCUCUCUUUCUCAGGAUGCAGAAGUGCCAUCAUCUUCUCUGGCUUUUCUACCUUCCCUGCCUCUGGACUCCAGUGACUCAACAUCUGUGUUCCAUUCUGUGGUCACAGAGACUGAUCAUAGAGCAGUUGAUUAUCAUGUUAAACAGCAGCUAGAGGCUCUGAGAAAAAGAGUUAAAGAUUUGGAAGAAGAGUUGGAAGGGAUGCGCAAAGAUCUAGAGGUCAAAGAAGAUGAAAUAAAAAAUCACAAGGAGGCAGAUGUGCCUCUUUUACAAGGAAAAAUAAAAGAGCUAACUACAGAAGUAGAAACCCUCAGGGGUAAGCCCUCAGAAAGUGAGACAUUCAAAGACCAUGCUGAGUUUGAAGCAGUCAUUGCUGCCAAGGAAGAGAGGAUACAACAGCUUGAUUCCAAAGUCAGUGAUUUGGAAAAGUGCUUAGCAAACAAAAGUGGAUAUAUUUCCCAGCUGGAAGGACGUCUAGGCAGUUCCCCAGAAGUGAAAAAUGAUGUAGAAUCCCAUCUGGAACAAAUAAACAAACUAAGCACUGAUAUUACUAAGCUCAAAGAUGAGCUGGAAAAGACAAAUGAAGAGUGUAAAACUUUGAAGAGAACAGUUGAUCAGCUCGAGGUGGACAAACGCAGAUUUGAAGAAGAAAAGACAAAGAUCAUUGCAGAAUAUGAGGCUAAGUUGCAUGAGGCAAAUGAAAAGAUAAUGGAAAUAAAUGCUGAACUAGAACAAAAAAAAAACUUGGCUGAAAGAUUAGAAUUGGAACUUAGCAGUAGUGAGAGUAGUCACGUAGAUGAGGUUGCCAGGUUAGAGAGCAGCCACGUAGGUAGAAUAGCAGAUGUAGUUAAGCUUCAUAAACGUAAGAUAGAACAGCUGAAGAAGAAUAAUGCGGAGAAGGUCAGUGAUCUCCAUGACCACAUUGAUGAACUUUACAAAGAGAAAAAAUCAUUGGAAGAACGUCUAAACAUAAUAAAACUGGACCUUGAUGAGAAGUUUUCUAAGUCAGAGAGAGAUCUGAUUAAGGAAAAACAAGAUCUCUUUUCCAGAAUUGAGAAUUUAGAGAAAAAAGUAAAUUGUUUGGAAAAGGAGAAACUGCAGAUAGAGAAAGAAAAGGCAGAACUGAAACAAAGGUUUGAGGAUGAGCAAGACGAGGCAUCAAACAUGCAAGCCCAAAUGGUCACAGAUCUUGAGAAGCUGAUUCUUAAUUUGGAAUCAGAGAAAAGGCAGAUGGAAAAAGAAGUUCUCCAGUUAAAAUCAUCUGGUGAUUUAAAUGUGGGUCUUUUAGAGGACAGUGAGAAAAAGAUUGCCCUUCUUGAAGAUGAAAUUGUUAUCACCAAUAAAGAAAAAGAAAUUCUAAUGGAUGAAAUUAAAAAGUUAAAAGAAAUAAUUGGUGAAGAAACCAUUUCAAGAAUCAGGGAAGAGAAUGAGAAGUCUAAAAUUCUAGAAGAAAUGGCUGAGAAGGUGAAGAAACUUCAGUCCAAGCUUGAAGAAUCUCAGAUAUCCAUAGAAGAACAGGAGCAGAUCUAUGCGCACAAGCUAAUGGAGGAAAAAUCUGACCAUAUGAUGCAGCUCAAGGCCCUAAGAACUGAGCUAUCUGAGGAAGUGAAUGAAAUUGAUCUGAGGAAAGAACAAGUGUCCCUGGAAUAUGAGGACAAAAUUGCUCUGAUAAUAACAGAGUAUGAAGACCGUCUUACUGCUACAAGAGAGCAGUUUGAGGCCAGGAUACUUGAGGAAAAGGCAGAGUUUGGCCGUGUCCUUGUAAGCAAGAUUGAUGAGUAUGAAGGAAAGUUAGGUUCACAGGUAGAGGACUUAAAGGCAUUUGAAAGUCAGAUUGAAAUCCUUCAGAAUGAAUUGGAUGAAAAGAUUAAUAUCAUAGAGGAACUGGAACAUAAUCUGGAUGAAGUUACACUCAUGAAGGCUGCUCUUAGGGCACAAGUUGAUGACUUGAAACACACUAUUACUAAAAUGACUGAAAAUGGUGAAGAUUCAUAUGUAGAUGUUCUUCAUUCCAAGUAUGAAACAAGACUUGCAGAAGUGCAAGAACAUUAUGAAGGUCAGCUGUCAUAUCUCCGAUCAUUCAUCUCUACAACAGACAUAGAUGUUCAGAGAGCAGGAUGCAGUUCACCUUCACAAGGGUCAGAGUAUUCUAUUGAGCUUUCAUGUCUCCGUCCUUAUUUGCAGGGCCAGUCAUCGCCCAUUGCUGAGUUCAUGGCAGAACUCAAGUCUCAGUCAAUGCUUGGGAGUGAUAAUGAAGUUCAUACCUCAAAUCAUAGCUUCCAUUUAAUGCGAUCUGCCUCCAUUGCUAAGAAUAAGGAAGAUACGCGUUCUCAGUCUUCAGUUGAUGGAAAAGUUGGUCUUAGCUUUAAUGGACUAAGUGCCCACUUGAUGGCCAAAUCAUUAUCCAAAACAAAUAAUAAAUGUCAUUCAAAUGGAUCUAUUGCACAGAUAUUAUCAAAAUCAUUAUCAAGGUCAGAACAGUUAAGGCUGUCAGCCUUAGAUGGAAAAGUUGAACCCCAGACAAUGGGUUCAAAAUCCCAUAUGCUCUCAGUUUCAGCCACAGGAUUGGAAGACCUGAAACAGAGCAAUGCAGGAGUCACAUGCGAGUCAAAGCCAGAGUCUUGUACCUCUGACCAGCCAACUAGCAGGGCUAAUCAUGACCCCAGAGACACAAAUCUGAACCCAGACAGUUCAGGUGUGUCUCUAACUGGGGCUAAACCUCGACCUCCCCGCCGUGGUACCUCCAAGCCAAAGUCCUCCCCUGCUGCAGUACCAACAUCAACAGUCAGUGUUGAUGAGUCCAGUACAGCUGCCACUGCCACCUCCAGCACCAAUCUGCCCUCUGACUCAGACCCCAGCAACACAACUCUUGACAAGUAUCGUAUCAAAGUGGAGAUGUCUGCGUGUUGCGCAGCUGACAGUAUUGAGACUUGGAUGGUAGACGAGAGUGAAAGGAUUACGGUUAUUGAAGCGACUAUGGAAGAAACUACUUCGAAACUUGCGGCGUCAGAAGCUAAGUGUGCGGAGCUGGAGGAAAGGCUCCAGCAGACCACGGCCUCCUGUGAGACCCUCACGCAGAAAAUAGAUGAGCUCACUGCCGAAAAUGACACCCUUACCCAACGAGUGGAGGACUUGGAGAAUGAGAAGGAGGGCACAGCCAAAACUAUAGCAAUGUUGGAAUUUAACAAUGAGCAUAACAAAGACAAGGUCCGAAACAUGGAACUUUCCAACGAUGACCUGAAGGAAACUAUAGCAUCCCUCAUGAAAGAGAAAGAUGAGCUAACAAGGCAGCUAAGAGAAGGUGCUUCUGGAGUGAUAGACCAAUACAUUAAAGAGAAAGAUGAAUUAGAGGAGAGAUUAACAAAGGAAAAGGAAGAACAACUGGAGAAGUAUGUUAAAGAGGACAAAGCCCUUAGAGAGCAGCUGGAAGGCCUCAUGGAGAUUAGACUUAGUUAUGAGAAACAGAUUAAGCAAAUAGAGGAGAACAAUGCAGCAAUGCACAGAAAGAUAGGUGGCGUACAGACAGAGAGGGAUGCUGCCCUAACAGAGGCUGCCCACACCAAAUCCCAAAAAGUUGAUCUGGAGAAGAAAUUGGAUGAUCUCACUAAGGUUAAGAGCACCAUGGAAGAAGAAAUUGUUACACUUAAGGGGACAAUUUCCAACCUGGAAGAGAAAUUGUCAUCGCAAGAAAACCAGGUGCAGACUCUUAAUGAGACCAUCAACACACUGAACAACAACAUCCUUAACCUUCAGAAGCAAGUGGAAGGACUCAACGAAACGAAUGGCAAACUUGCUCGGGAUCUGGAGUCCGAGAGCAGGACACGAAUCGAAACACAGGACCAGCUAACUAAGAUGACCACGGCAAACAGGCAACUUGAAGAAACUGUUAAGGUAGACAAAGAAUCACUAGGCAAGUUAGAAGCUGAAAGAAAGGAGCUUCAGUCUAGAGUUGAAGCCUUAACAGACCAUAGCAAAAUGCCAGGAAAACUUAGUGAAUUGCAGUCACGUAUAACUGAACUAGAAUCAGAAAAUAAGACACUCUUGGAGAAAUUGGAUAAUUCCAAAACAGUCAGUAGUGCCUCUCAAGAAGAAAGUGUAACUAACAGUGUUAUGGAAAAAGCAACAGAAAAUAAUAAAGUUGAUCAUUCAAAAGAACUACAAAGUUUAAAAUCAUCUUUGCAAGUCAAAGAAGAAGAAUUAGCAAAGGUCAGACAAAACUUGAGAGAAGUGAAGGAAAAGUUGACGCUAGCUGAGGUUGUGAGUGGAGAGGUUGAAGAACAGAGGCAAAGAGUGCGAGAAGUAGAGUCCAAGAUGGCUGUGAUGGAGGAGCAGCACCGACAGCAAAUCAAAACGAUAGCUCUUGAGGCGGAGAGACAAGUUGCUGUGAAGGAACAAGAGUGUCAACAAACAAUUACUUCUGCAUAUGACCAACAAGACAAUGAAACAAAUUCCCUUGUUCGUCAGCAUCGCGAAGCCAUACGAGAAGCUCAGGAAGAGGCCCGGGAGAAAGCAUCAGCCCUUGACUCUGUUGUCCAUGAGUACCAAGGCAAACUCAAGGAGAAAGAUGAGGAACUGUGCAAGUUUGUUCAACAGUAUGAGGAUCAGCUAGCAGACCUCACCAGUCAGCAUGAGGCUCACAUCAAAGAGGUUGAAGCUACCUGGAAGUCUAGAGCUGAGAAAAUGGUUAGGCAGCGCGAGAUGCAGCUACAGGAGGAAAUGGAUGGAUUGUCGCAGGAGUGGAACAAGGAACGCAGAAGUCCUGCACCUGAACCUACAGAAGGCAGCCAGGAACUUGAAAGACUAACCCAAGUGGCUGCAGCAGCCUUCAGAAGUGGCACUGAUUCUGUUGAACUUCUCAAGAAGCAAGUGGCUGCUCAACGGAAAGAACUUGAGGAAGUCAAGAUGAACCAUGGCAAAGAGAUUGGGGAGCUUAAGGCACUAUUGGAGCUUAAAAGAAGAACGAGAGGAGGAGGAGGUGGAAGUGGAGGAGGAGGUGGAGGGGUCAGACUUGGAGUAGCUCUUGAGGAAGCAGCAGAGUUCGAGUACCUUAAGAAUAUCUUGUACCAGUAUAUGCUUGGAAAGGAAACUCGGGAGAGAGAGGCUAUGAAUGGCACUGUCCCUAAGGAUCUUCUAGAAGCAGAAAGACCAGACCCCACAAAGACCCUGUGA